UUAAACACCACAAUGCAGGACACACCAUAACCAGUUUUAAAAUAUGUGUGAUAGAAUAAUCUUUUUCUGUGUAAAGUUGUAAUAUAAUGACUUCUUUCAACUUUUAAUGUUAAAUUGUCUGCCUAAAACCCUAAAAAGAUUCACCUUUAAAUUUGUCACUUUUGAGAAUUUAAAUAUAACUUUUAGGUAAUUAACAGUGAUUUUAAAUGUUUUAAGCAUUUCAAAAAAUAACCGUUAAAUAUCAUCCAAUCAAGAUAUAGUUUGCAUCUUGGCUCCGUGAACAAAGGAAGUGAUUGGCUGAAUACUCGUUUGGCGCCGAGCGCAGCGUAACGUAAUGUUUGCGUUCCCUCAUUUCAUCAGUGACGGUUCUGGUGAAGCACCGUAGGAGCUGAAAUUCAAAUCAAUGCAAAUUUUGUCUAUAUAUUUAUAUAAAUAUAUAUAUGGGCACGUUGGUAAGUUGGAUUAAAAAGCUUUACCAGUAUGCUAUUUUAAACACGAGUCGAAUGCACAUUAUUUUCACGGCGCAUAAACGAAUCUAACUAGCCAGCGCAUCUAGGCAGACUUGCAAACUCUAAAACGUGAGAGCUCUCGAUCAGUAGAAAUACUGUGUGAAAUAUAUGUUUGUUAUGUACUUCACACAUUGCUAAGUAGAGUCAAACAGUUUUAGCGCGUCGUUUUAAAUACGAGUAAGGGAGCAUCCGCCCUGAUUUCACGAUGUCCAGCCCAUAAUGUAAAACAUAAUUUGUGUUUGAAACAGUAGAAGGGUGUGUUUUUGUUCACUAAAUUGAAAUGUUUAGCUGUCAGUUCUGUGGGAUAUCAGUGCAAACCCUUAGGGAGCAUGUUUUACAUAUCAAACUUCACCGUAAUGAGCCACGGUGCGUGUUCAAGUGUGCCGCUAUAGAUUGCCACGAAUCGUUUCGUUCACACGGAGCAUUUAAGGCUCAUUUUUACCGUAAACAUAAUAUAGAUUCACGUGUUGCUACUACACAUACCCUUGCGGUGUUAAGAUGUAAUAUAUCUAUGUGCCAACACCAGUGUCGGGAUGUCAAAGCACUACUCGCUCACUUAAAGGAACAUAUCGCCGAAGGACGUGUCGUGACAUGUCCGGUAACAGGAUGUAAUCAUACUUUCUUUGUAAAGUCGUCGUUUACUUCCCACAUCUCAAGAAAGCACAGACAGUGUUCUUUGAGCAGUAUACGUGGUCUUUAUAGAGAGACAGUUCCUCAGUCUUUUGAAACUGAACCUUUAGUUACAGGCCCCACAGAGAGAUUAAAUGAGACUGAUGAAGGUGAAGUUCAUCUUGCAGAGAAUUUCAGUGAUCUUUUUCUCAGAAAUAUUAGUCUUUUCUACUUGAAAUUACAUGGGCAGUUUCUUCUGCCAGCAUCAACUAUACAAAAUAUUGUUGAAGAGAUGCAGAGCAUACAUGAACUGGGACAGACAUAUUCUUUGAAAAAAUUGAGUGCAUUCCUGAAAAAUGAUUUAGAUUUAACAGAUGAGAACAUUGGUAGAGUAUGUGAUGUUGUGAAGGAAUCUGACAUAUUCACCACUUGUCAUGAUGGACCAAUGAGAACGAAUUUUUCAAGGACAAAGACUUUUAAAGAGAUGUUCAGAUACACAGAACCUGUAAAGUUGUACUUAGGAACAGAUGAAACAAGGUCACAGAGGUUUGCCCACUAUGUUCCACUGAAAGACACUUUGAGAAGUUUACUGGAGUCUGACCUAUGGCAGAAAUGUGCUGCACAGGAUACAUGCUUACCCUGCACAGAUGUGCUUUGUGAUGUCAUUGAUGGUCAGGUAUACAAAAACAAUGAGUUCUUUUCUCAAAACCCAUCGUGUCUCAAACUAAUUCUAUAUCAAGAUUCUUUUGAGGUGGUGAACCCAUUAGGUUCAGCAAAAAGCAAGCACAAAGUACUAGCUGUUUAUAUGUCUCUAGCUAAUUUACCACCUCAUAUAAGAUCAAGUACAGACCACAUGUCACUUGUAAUGCUGUGUCGAGAAAAAGAUUUCAAACACUUUGGACAUGAAAAAGUUUUCUCAAGGCUAAUUGCAGACUUAAAGGACUUGGAAGAUAAUGGAAUUACUGUGGCAGAGGAAACCUUUAAAGGGACUGUUUUGUGCAUUGCCGGUGACAAUUUGGGGUCACACAAUGUCGGGGGAUUCACAGAAAAUUUUAGUACUUCUGAAUAUUUCUGCAGGUAUUGCCGGAUAGCACGAAGGGAUUUUCAAACGGAUCCAAAUGCAUGUGGGCCUCAACGCACUCCUGAAAACUACAAUUCAGCAGUAGACAUUUUACAGUCUGAGGGACACCAAAACGUUGAAGAAAUGGGAGAAUCCGAGAUGAACAUUUCAAGCAUUACCAGUGCCAUUGAUGUUAUAUUACCUGACCUUCCAAUCACAACAAAACAAUCUCUUGAGGACACCUUAAAAUCACUUGGAGUUGACACCCCAGAAGAUUUCCGAUUUCUUCAGGAAUCAGAUCUUGUAGCUGUACUGAGGCCAAUUCAAGCCAGGAAAUGUAUUUCUGUUCUAAAGGAGACUACACAAAUUUCAGAAACCCCAAGGCAGCAACACUGUCCAUCUCAAGGAUCUGUUUUGUCCCAAAGUUCUUCAUCCUCAUCUUCCAGGACUUCCUCUCCUCUUAGUGUGAAAUGGGUGGACAGCUUCGAAGUCCCAUGGAAAAACUUUCCUGAGGAAUUAAUGCAGGCACUUGAGAGACAGAAAAGGCCAAGUCCUCAGUUGCGCAGGGAAAUGGUGAGGAUUGUUAUUGCAGCCAUGAUGAAAGUUUGUGCUUGUCCAAGUAGGAAGAAUUUAACAGAAGUCGCCAAAAUAAUGGUUGCCAAAUAUCCAAAGUCUUUGCAAGAUGUAAUUGAAGAGAGUGUGAUUGGUCCUGGAUACUACUCCUUGGUCAAACAAUUUCAAACCAGAGUUGAAAAUGCAAGAAGGACCAGCACACCAAAAAUAAAAAAGCGUGUUCAUGAUUCAGAUGAAUUUGACACUGAGGAAGCCACACCUGAAAAAAGAGCUGUGGUCCAAGAUACAUAUGGCUGUGUUAAUUGGGAAGUAAAAUUUAUGCCACUCAGUGAAACUGCCGAGAGUCUGCAGUUGAAAAAAGAGAAGAUGAAGAGUCUUUCGCAAACAUCUGACUGGAAUGAAAAAGAAGUGAAGGAUCUCAUGAGGUCUACAUACUACUGUCAACGAAAAGAUAUAAACAAAGGAAAAGACAUGAAAACCCUCAAUGAUGAGUGGCCAUUUUUGUUUCAGGAAAGUGGAAUGGAAGUGCACUUUAAAGACCUCACAGGAAUACCACUUAAAGAGACCUUCCUGGAAAGCAUUGACAGAAAAGGAAAUCGGUUGUUGCACUUCAUGAGGAAUAUUUGCGCAAACAAGAACAAGCGUGUCUUACAGGCUGUUGCAAAACUACAAGUUUUGAGAGGACAGAGAAAUGGUUGCUCAGAGGAUGUAAAAGAUAUGAUUCUUCUACUUCUCUCCUAUUUUGACGAGAAAGAGGAGGUCCUCCUUCGUUAUGUAGAAGAGACAAGCCUCGCAAAGGAUGUAGAGUUGGAAAACCUGCCUGUGACACCUUGCAUUAUUGUGUGUGGACCCUCCUGCUAUGCUGCUGUCCAUUUCAUGCUUGCUGUGGACCGCAAGAUUGUGAAUGAUAAUAUCACUUCUUUCAUCUCUGCUGUUUGCCUAAUGUUGGGCAGUUAUUACAGCUUCAACAUUCACUACCCUACAGAACUGGCGUCAGUUCUCGAAUUCCUGCAAAGGUGUUUUUUCCUCAUCAAUCCGGAGAAGGGAACAAAGGUGGUGGAAAAGAAAAACAAAAAGCGACUCCUAGUCAACCCAAGAGUAUUCACCCUAAUCUCUGACCUUUCUGACCAUGAAUGGCGAGAGACUUCGUAAAGGUGGUCUUCAGACUGUUUCAAAGUUGAUACUCUCUCAAUGGAUAGUUCAUCCCAAAAUUUAAAUUCUUCCAUCAUUUACUCACCCUCAGGUUGUCCCAAACCUGUAUAAAUGUCUUUGUUCGGUUGAACAAAAGGAAGCUAUAUUUGUGAGAAUGUCAGUAACCAAACAGACUUUAUCCCUCAUUUAUUGCCAUGACAGGGAAAAUAAAUACUAUGGGAGCCAAUGGUGGAGCAGAUCUUUUUGAUAACUGACAUUCUUGCAAAUAUAAUCCUUUGUGCUUAGCAGAACAAAUAAAUAUAUACAGGUUUGACAUGGCAGGAGGGGUGAGUAAAUGAUCUAUUUUUGGGUUAACUGUCACUUAAACAUUGGAAUGUUCAUUGUUAAUGCAAGUUUAGUCAUAUAAUCAACUCUGUAAGCACUUGUGUUGUGCUGCAUUCUACUUUUUUAUACUGUAAAUGUUCAUGUUAACUUUUCUGAAACAUGCUCAUUUUGAACUGAGCUUAGUUAGGUAAAUGAUUUUAAUGCAUUGGACUGACUGACCUUAAUUGAACCACACAUUAACAGAAAAGGCUGUCAUUUGUUGUUUUAAAUGCCUGCCAGACUUUAUUAAAAAUGGGACCACA